AUGAAGACCAUUCUCGUUCUCACUACGCUAGCAGCCAUUGCUCAUGGCAAAACGUACACGAUGGAGACUCAUUCGUCGGGAUCACUCAUUUCCCGUCUCAUCAAGGAAAAACAAUACCAAAAGUAUCUGGAAGAACGGAAUCUACACCGUUCUCAAGUGCUCGUGAAAGGAUCGCAGCCGGUUGUGGACUUCUUUGACGCCUAUUACCUCGUAAACAUCACAGUCGGAACACCUGUUCCAGAAGAAACCGAUUUAAUUCCUCGACGUCGUCCACAUUUUCUACGGAAAACCGCACGCUCUUUAUUGGAUACGAUUUUGGAUCGUGCGAUGGACGCAUCGCAACGGACACCGUCUCUUUUGCAGGUAUUUGUAGUCAACAUCUUCGGAAGCAUAUGA